UGCCUGGCGCGCGCGAGCGACAUCCUUGAUGAGCCAGUGAGCCGCGGGACGCGCGCUGCCAAAUUCCUGGAAAGCUUGCAGGACGUGCCGUCCAGACGGACCAAUGCACUCGGAGACUUGCUACAGUUGGAGAAGUCUUAUGCUCACUGCGCGCCCUCAGAGGUAGAGAAGCGUGUGGCGCUCUUGGAGCAGCGUGUCGCGCAGGGUGAACAUGCCCGAAUCCAGCUGCUCUACGAGCAGGCAAAGCGUCUGUCAGAAGGUCUUCAUGCCCUGCGCGUCUCUGAGGAGAUCCAAGAUGAGCGAAGGCAGAAAGAGUUGAAGGUGGUGGAAGGCAGUUUCCUGUCGGACGUCGAAAAGGUGGCUUCCGACAGAGAAGACCUGGAGCGGAGGUAUCAGGUAGCGAUGGACAACAUCGUGGAGGAUUGCCGCUCUGAACUCCUCAAAGAGCAGUCGCAAAGGGAGACCGUUCAUGACGACUAUGGGCGUGAAAUCGGGGAGGAGGUCCAGAGGCUCCAGGCCUUGUUCGAGAAGCAACGAAUCUUGCGCGUGGAGUACGGGGAGCAGAUCGUCUCGCACCUGGAGGCAGAAUUCCAGAAAGUCCACGAUGCCAUUGUCAGCGAGCAGCAGCUUCGCUUUGAGGCUGAGGGCAUGAUGCUCCGGAUGGUGGAGGAUGUGUGCGGGAAGCUCCACGCUGAGAUCCAGCAGGAGCGCUCACAGCGCGAGGUGGUCCAGAACAAGCUCUUGAGCUUGUUGGAAGACACCUGUUCUCAGAUCGAGAACAGCUUCUCUCACCUCACGCCAUCGAAGGUAGCCUGA